AUGGCCCAUCGGCUGCGGUUUCAUUUUGGCUCUGGACGAAGCAACACAGCUCCCGAAUCAGAGAUCCUAGACCGUGAGAGAGAGGAUGAUGACUUUUUCAUGGCAUUCCACACUUUGCCAAGAAGGAACGGGCCUCAUCCCUUCUCCAGGCGCAGAAUGGAUUAUAACGACAGUGGGGGCGAUUUGCGAGAAGUCGGGGCCUUGAAAAGAAGCACCUCCAUGUUUAUUCCUCAGCUGCUGAACAACAUCGAUGCGCGCCCAACCAGGAGCUCAUCCAUGCAGAUUUCCCUUCAGCGCAAGGCUGUUAAUGGACACGCUGAUGAGUGUGGGGCUCCAGAGUCCCCAGAGGAGCCAUGUAAACUUUCAGAUUUUGGGGAACAGUGCGCUCCUCUGGUUGGGAGCCAUUCUUCUACAAGCAGUCCACCGGUAACUCCAGGGAAUUCUCCACCCAGGCAAACUGAGAUCCCAGGGCAAGAAGUUAAUGGAGGAUCCUCCAACCAUCGAAUAUUCUGCACAAUACCUUCCAGUAACUGGAAUGACAAUGGUACAGCUGCUGCUCAAGACGAUGAAGCGAACAAAGCCACAUCUGGGUUAAACUUCAGCGGGGUAAGAAUUCAGCAUCGGGCCUCAAGUGUGGAUGUGCCUCAGGUGACGGUGAUGCCGUUUGGUUCAGAAGAUCCUAAUAACGUUUCUCCUUCAGAAUCCAGGCGCUGGUCUUUACAGCAUCUGCCAGAUGGGUCAGCCAAUUCAGGCAAAAAAUUCUUUGUUUUCCAAUUGCAGCAACCGCAUUUGAACAGUCCGGGGGCAGAGGCAAAUUGCAAUUUUGGUUUCACUGGAACAAAAGGGGAUAGGUUGGUCCGCUAUCCCCGGAUCCGUUUGGAAAGAAGUACCUCAUACCCAGUUCAGCCACAUUCGGAACGAGCUAUCCCUCUAGAUGAUGGCAUGAAUACGGCACUUCGGAGGAAUGCCUCGGAAGUAUCGAGAAGCAAUUCUGUGGAGCGGGUUUCUCCAGGGCAAGGGUGUACAUUUAAAAUCCGACCGGAUCAAAACUCAAGGCAGCAGCACUUCAGAAUUCUUGUAACUCGUGGGACUAAUGAGAAAACUCAAACUUCUGGACAGGAAAAUUCUAGUAUUCCUGCUCCUGUGGCAACCAACUCCUCAACCAGAGACGAUUUCCUUGGUCAAGUUGAUGUGCCACUUAAUCAUCUUCCGACAGAAGACCCAACUAUGGAACGGCCUUACACAUUUAAAGAUUUCCUUCUCAGGCCAAGAAGCCACAAAUCUCGGGUAAAGGGUUUUCUGAGGCUGAAGAUGGCCUACAUGCCAAAGGACGGUGGCCAAGAGGACGACAGUGACCAGAGAGAGGACUCAGAGCAUGGCUGGGAAGUAGUGGACUCCAAUGAUUCUCCCUCUCAGCGCCAGGAAGAAUUACCACCCCCUCCCUUACCUCCUGGAUGGGAAGAAAAAGUAGACAAUCUCGGGCGUACCUACUAUGUAAACCAUAACAACAGAACAACGCAAUGGCACCGACCAAGUUUAAUGGAUGUAGCAUCUGAAUCUGACAACAACAUCAGACAGAUAAAUCAAGAAGCGGCCCACCGAAGAUUUCGAUCCAGGAGGCACAUCAGCGAGGAUUUGGAUCCAGAGCCCAUGGACAGCGGAGAGACGCCAGAACCUUGGGAAACAAUUUCCGAAGAAGUGAACACGAGUGGAGAUUCCUUGAGCCUGUCCUUGCCACCCCCUCCUGCUUCACCCAUCUCUCGGACCAGUCCUCAGGAGCUGUCUGACGAACUGAACAGAAGACUUCAGAUGACUCCUGAUUCAAAUGGGGAACAACUGUCCUCCAUGAUUCAAAGAGAUCCCUCAGCAAGGUUAAGAUCUUGCAGCGUAACAGAAGCAGUCGCUGAGCAGUCCCUUUUAUCACUGCCAAGCGGCCCAUCUAGGAGAGCACGUUCUUCAACAGUCACAGGUGGUGAAGAGUCAACGCCAUCAGUGGCCUAUGUACACACUACACCGGGCUUACCUUCGGGCUGGGAAGAAAGGAAAGAUGCAAAGGGACGUACUUAUUAUGUCAAUCAUAACAAUCGAACCACAACUUGGACGCGGCCCAUCAUGCAGCUUGCCGAAGAUGGUGCAACUGGGUCAUCGUCAAACAGUAACAACCACCUAAGUGAGCCCCAGAUAAGACGGCCUCGUAGCCUCAGUACUCCCACAGUAACAUUAUCUGCGCCACUCGAGGGUGCCAAGGACUCUCCUGUGCGAAGAGCUGUGAAGGACACCCUUUCCAACCCGCAAUCUCCACAGCCUUCACCAUACAAUUCUCCAAAACCACAGCAUAAAUUAACUCAAAGUUUCUUACCUCCUGGGUGGGAGAUGCGAAUAGCACCAAACGGCAGACCUUUCUUCAUUGACCAUAACACAAAGACCACAACAUGGGAAGACCCACGACUAAAAUUCCCCGUCCACCUGAGAUCAAAAGCGUCUUUAAACCCCAACGACCUGGGCCCUCUUCCUCCUGGUUGGGAGGAAAGGAUACAUUUGGACGGAAGAACGUUUUAUAUAGAUCAUAAUAAUAAAAUUACUCAGUGGGAAGAUCCACGGUUGCAGAAUCCUGCUAUCACUGGUCCAGCUGUUCCCUACUCCAGAGAGUUUAAACAGAAAUAUGACUACUUCAGGAAGAAGUUAAAGAAACCAGCUGAUAUACCAAACAGAUUCGAGAUGAAACUCCACAGAAAUAGUAUUUUUGAAGAGUCGUAUAGAAGAAUCAUGUCUGUGAAGAGACCAGACGUAUUAAAAGCCAGACUUUGGAUAGAAUUUGAGUCAGAAAAGGGUCUUGAUUAUGGAGGUGUGGCCAGAGAAUGGUUUUUCCUCUUGUCCAAGGAAAUGUUCAACCCGUAUUAUGGUCUCUUUGAAUAUUCAGCAACGGAUAACUACACUCUGCAGAUCAAUCCAAAUUCAGGCCUUUGUAACGAAGACCAUCUGUCUUACUUCACCUUUAUUGGCCGAGUGGCUGGGCUGGCUGUGUAUCAUGGGAAGCUUUUAGACGGUUUCUUCAUUAGGCCUUUUUAUAAGAUGAUGCUGGGAAAACCAAUAACCCUGAAAGACAUGGAGUCGGUGGACAGUGAAUAUUACAACUCUUUGAAAUGGAUUUUGGAAAAUGACCCUACGGAGCUCGAUCUUAUGUUUUGCAUAGAUGAAGAAAACUUUGGACAGACAUAUCAAGUUGAUUUGAAGCCAAAUGGAUCGGAAAUCAUGGUCACAAAUGAAAACAAAAGGGAAUAUAUUGACUUAGUCAUCCAGUGGAGGUUCGUCAACAGGGUCCAAAAGCAAAUGAAUGCAUUUCUGGAGGGUUUCACAGAACUUCUGCCAACUGACUUAAUUAAAAUUUUUGAUGAAAAUGAGCUGGAGCUGCUGAUGUGUGGCCUUGGCGAUGUCGAUGUCAAUGACUGGAGACAACACGCAAUCUACAAGAAUGGAUACUGUCCAAAUCAUCCCGUCAUUCAGUGGUUCUGGAAGGCUGUUCUACUGAUGGAUGCUGAGAAACGCAUCCGACUGUUGCAGUUUGUAACUGGGACAUCACGAGUGCCUAUGAAUGGAUUUGCUGAACUUUAUGGUUCAAAUGGUCCUCAGCUGUUUACAAUAGAGCAAUGGGGAAGCCCUGACAAGUUACCCAGAGCUCACACAUGCUUUAACCGCCUUGAUUUACCUCCCUAUGAAUCUUUCGAAGAAUUACGAGAGAAGCUUCUCAUGGCUGUAGAAAAUGCUCAAGGAUUUGAAGGAGUGGAUUAAGAUGGCACCUGUUCUCUAUUAAUUUUUUUUUAAAAAAAAAAAAGGAAAAAAAGAUUCUGUUCACGGAGCAUGUUCUGCGUGCACUUUUCGAUUUUGCCUGACAGACAUUUGCAAGAGACGGCGGCAGAACAGUUGCACUGCAUAGUUGGUUCACGGAGCAAACGCUUGUACAGUGCAGAUGUGUAAAUCCAGUACUUGGAAGUGACUUUUUCUCACCUGUGGAUAGUAUUUCUGAAGCUUCCACGGCCAAUUACCAAUGGGGUUGAUGUGUACUCUGAUUACAUUUCAGCAGGACUUAUCCUAUUUAUGUCUCGCCUCUGUAGGCAAAAGCCCUUAAUAAAUGUUUUACAUACUUUCUAAUGACAAUGAAUGGAAUUAAUCAUUUUACAGGUAUAGUAUUACAGCUCAUGUUUACGGAAAAAAAAUGAUUUAGACAUUUUUUUCCAAUUUUAUUUCAUUACAAUUAAACAAAAACGUUAUACUGGAAAAAAUUAGCAUUUCCCCCCUGUUCUUCAUUUCAGUCAAGACUUGAUUCUGAUGGCAUUUUUUACUCGCAAAAGUACUUUUUUCCUCUCCUCCAGCCUCGUACGACUGAUCUUUUAGAAAAACGUUUUUGUAAAAAACAAAAAACUGCAGAUUUGAUAUAUUACCAGACAAUAUCUAAUGCCUUUUAAUCAUCUGCAUUGAGCUUUCACAAACUCCAGAGAGAAAACAGAAUUGCUGAUUUGUAUAAAGUACUUUGCACCCAAUCAACAGAAUAUUUACAAUUACAAGAAGAUCAUCACAUAACACAGCAUGCUGAAUCUCUCAUUCAAUAAAGAAAUUGCCUCACUA